AUGGCUACCCCUAGUGUCCUAGCUUUUGACGCUGAGGGUCGCGCCAUUGAUUUUGAGGUCUGGUUAGACGACCUGCAGCUGUUCUUACAGUGCGACAGGGCUGACGACCUUUCUCUCUUUGACCUCACCUCUGGCGCCUCUCCUGCUCCUGCUGCUGAUGCUGAUCCCGCUGUCCGCUCUAAGUGGGCCACCCGCGAUGCUGCUGCACGUCUUGCUGUGCGUCGCCACCUCCCUACCUCUGAGCUCGCGCGCCUCCCUGACUCCCUUCGCGUCGUCAGGGACCACUUUCUCGCAGUCUGUCCCACCACCCUCACCGUCGACCUCCUCGAGAAGGCCCUCCUCGCAGCGGAGAAGAGCAUAGUCGCUGUAGGUGCUUCUCGUGGUGACCCUCGCACCCCCAUCUUUGAGGGGUGCUCUCCUUCCCCCUUGCUGCCCUCUGUUGCCUCUGCUGCUGCUGCCGACCUGCUUGGUCUUGAGUCGGUCGGCGCGGCGUCUGCCCUAGUGGGAGACGUCGCUCCAGCAAGGGCAAGGGGGGCAAGGGCGCGAGUGGAGCUGGAGGGGGCGGUGGCGGUGGCGGCGGUGGCGGCGGAGGGAGUGGGGGUGGCGGCGGGACUAGUGGCGGGGGUGGUGGUGGUGGUGGUGGCAGCAGCGGCGGAGACGGUGGUGGUGGAGCCAGCGGUGGUGGUGGAGGCAGCGGCGGAGGUGGAGGCGGCGGAGGUGGAGGUGGUGGAGGCGGCAGCGGAGGAGGCAGUGGUGGUGGAGGAGGUGGAGCUGGUCGGGGUGGUACCCAGCAGCGUAGCGGUGGUGGUGGUGGCCAGCGCUCGCACCGGCAGCAGCAGCAGCGCUCGCGGGACAUCCCUUCGCCUCAGCAGCUUCGUGAGUGGUACGCUAGGCGUCAGAGGGUGUGGGGGUGCCCACGCCACCCAGCGCUGCUUUGGCCGCCUGACGGACGCCUGGCGUCAGCAGUUCCCUGGGGCUAGUGAGAUCCCUCGCUGGGAUGAGCUUCUCAGGGCUGGUGUAGCGAUCUUUGAUCUUGAUUUUGAUGCUAUCCUUACUGCUAUGUAUGUUGUGGAUUAUAGUGAGGAGAAUGAGGGUUACCGUUGUUUCCGGCCCGACCCGGGCAUUGGUACUGCUGCGCUAGGUGCUUGUGAGGCUGCUGCUCUAGGUGCCAGUGCGUCUGCGCUCUCAGGUACUGGUGAGACUGCGCUCUCAGGUACUGCGUCGUCCUCGUCCUCCCUCACUUUCACACUUGACUCCGGAGCUUCUCGCUCCUUCUUUCGAGACCGCACUACCCUUACGCCGCUCGGCCGGCCGGUUGCAGUCUCCCUUGCUAACCCCUCUGGAGGUCCUGUCCUGUCUCACUUCUCCACUGUCCUCCCGUGUCCGGCUGCCCCUUCGGGCACCCUGUCGGGUCUGUAUCUUCCCUCGUUCUCCACGAACUUGGUGAGUGGAGCGGACCUGCAGGAUGGGGGUGUUCACCAGUUCACUCCUGCGAGUCAGCGGGUGACCCACUGCACGGAGGCACGCACAGGCCGACACCUGGCCACGUUCUCGCGUCGGCCGGGGUCGAGUCUCUACACCCUGACCGUUGAGUCUCCUCCUGUCCCUGCGUCUGGUCAGGUGGCUGCGUCGGGUCAGGUACUUGCUGCUGCGUCCCGGUCAGGACCUUCCUGUGUCCCCUGUGUCGAGGGUCGCCUCCGGGCUACUCCUCACUCCUCCCACUUCCCCCCGACAGAGGCUCCCCUGCAGACGCUUCACAUGGAUGUGUGGGGCCCAGCCCCCGUCCGUGGGCAGGGUUACGAGCGCUACUUCCUGUUGGUGGUUGACGACUACUCGCGUUACACCACAGUCCUCCCCUUGCGCAGCAAGGGUGCGGUCACUGAGGUGCUGAUCGACUGGAUCCGCGAGGCUCGUCUCCAGCUCAGGAAGAGCUUCGGCUCGGACUUUCUUGUUCUGCGUCUGCACUCUGACAGAGGCGGAGAGUUCUCUUCUCGCCUUCUGCGGGACUACUGUCGUGCACGGGGGAUCCGCCAGACCUUCACGCUUCCGGACUCACCACAGCAAAAUGGGAUUGCUGAGCGCCGCAUUGGCAUGGUCAUGGAUGUCGCUCGUACGUCCAUGAUGCAUGCGGCUGCCCCCCAUUUUCUGUGGCCGUUUGCGGUGAGGUACGCGGCGCAUCAGCUCAACCUUCACCCCCGGGUCUCUCGGCCUGCGAUGUCCCCAGUCUUGCUGUGGACGGGGAAGGUUGGCGAUGCGUCUGUGUUCCGUGUCUGGGGAUCUCGGGCGUUUGUCCGCGACUUGUCUGCGGACAAGCUGUCCCCUCGUGCUGCUCCCUGUGUCUUCCUUGGCUUCCCCACUGACGCCCCAGGGUGGCAGUUUUACCACCCCUCCUCUCGUCGUGUUCUGUCCUCCCAGGACGUCAC